AUGACCACAGCAGACGAAAUGUCGGAUUUAGAUAGUCAACAUAGUCGACAAUCUUCUACAUAUAAAAUGAGCAUUGAUUCGGACGAUUCAAGUUCGUACAAGUCUUCACUACGAGAUAUGGCCGUGAGUAACUGGGCCAACACAGUGGAGCGAAAUAAUGUCCGAGAGGAAGAACCAAGACGUACCAGUAGCAGGCGGGAUCCAGAAAGACGUACUGUCAACAGAAGAAGCUCACUGCUCCCAAAAUCAAAAGCAUUACUGAGAGUCAUUGAUCAAGCUGAUGAGGAUACACAUUUAGCGGAUUUAGAGAUGCGAAGGGAGCACGGAACAACCGCCCAAUUAGGCCGGAUAGAGGAUGGCACCAAACCACAGCAGGAAAUACCGGCUCCCUCAUGGACAAAAUUACUCGACACAACGAUGCCACUCUAUACCUGUUCCAAACUAAAUCCGGAAAUCGAAAUGACGAACUUUCAGCUUGAAAAUAUAUCCAACGGCUACAAGAGCAUUAAGCGAAAAGCGUCAGAAGAUCGAUUUGAGCCUUAUCCCACAUCGAUGAGCUUAAAACGGCGAGCUGUGUCACCUUCUGUCUCGCUCAACGGAUCACCUGUGCUGUCCAACAUGUCCAGUCCACCCACCAAUUUUUUCCCGUACGGUAAUACGAGCAAUGCAGCGGCCAAACCCAAAUCAGGCACAUUUAAUCUACAAGAUGCCAGUGGUGGAUUAAGUCGCAUGUCCAUCAGUAAAUGA